AUGAAUUCUUUACCAAGGCCGACAGGUAUAUUCGCCGACUUCAUUGCACCUCAAUGCGUAACACUGGUCGUGAAAGAAAAGAUCAUGUCUUGGUCGGGUGACGACUUCACAAUCAGCACGGUAGACGGACGGCCGUUGUUCAAGGUCGAAGGCAAGGCCCUGUCCCUCUCGGGUCGCAAACGCAUCAUGGACAUGCGGGGCACCCACAUAUUCACAAUCCGCAAGAAGCAUCUGGCCUUGCAUGCCACAUACUACUUGGAGAGUCCGAGCGAGCAAAUGAUCUUUGAGGUGAAGGGCAAAUUCAGUCUUAUCGGGUCCAAGUCCACUGCCUCGUUCAUCUCGCUAUCCAAGGAGGCGGUCGAGUUGGAGAUGAAGGGCAACUUCCUCAACACCAAGGCCGAGAUCGUCGACCAGGUGUCGGGACUGCCGGCUGUGACCAUCUCGCGUGAUUGGUUCAACGGUCGUGAAUUGCUCGGUGGUCAGCAGACGUACCAUGUGACCAUCGCGGCUAAUAUGGACAUGGCCAUAGCUGUGGCCAUGUGUAUUUGUUUGGACGAGAGGAAGAACGAUAAAUAG